AUGCCGACACCCUGCGCAGGGAGGCAAUCGCGAACGGUACCUUGUCUGAGGACGAUGCCGUGCGGCUGCUGGACAUUUCUAGGGAGGACUUUGACAACAUUACCAGCGCCCUCGACAGCUUCGCGAAGCUGCCGCCUCAGAAUUCAUUCGAUGACCGCCAUUUGGGUCGAGGAGAAGCUCGACAACUCGCGCUCGAAGCUGGCCCUCGCCUCCGCCAGGAUGCUCGAGGCAAUCAAGCACAAGGUGGACACCUUCAAGAACAACCACCUCGACUACGACAACCACCAGUUCCUGGCACUGCUGUCCCGCACCCUGAACGAGACCAUGGGCGAGAUCAGGACCUUCGAGCAGGCGAAGGACUACCAGAUGACCCGUCUGGAGGGAUGGGACAAAUCCAACGGCGAGAAGCUCACUCUCAGGUUGGCCCAGGCCAUCCACGGAGUGACGGGCAGCGUCGAGUUUCGGAGCCACCUCACUCAGAUCGACACGGCCCACCUGGCCAACCUGCAGAUGAGCGAGGCAUGCGGCUACCUCACCAGCACGGUCACCGCCGCCAUGGCCCCAGCGUACCAGAGCCUGGCACAUCAAAAACAGAAGCUCGACGACAUGAGCAAGAUCGUGCCGAGCGUCACUGCGAAGUACCCCGCCUUCAUCCAGGAGAGGAUGGGCGCUCGCGCUUCGGCCCUGCUGAACAUGGCCUACAUGGAGAAUUUGGCGCUCAAGGAGGCCGCCAUGAACAUCUUGAAGGAGGCUUCGCCGGUCGUCAUGGGCCGCCUCCACUGCACCAUGCACAGCGCUUCGGCGCGUGCGGGACUCGGCGCUGCCGUGCUCCUCGCAGUCGCGGCCUGGCUGGUGCAGUGA